AUGUCUCUCCGAAAGAAGCAAGUCAAAAAAUUCAUUGACCUUUGCGUUGACCAUUGGGACCGUAUCUGCCAAAAGUUGAGUCCGCAAAAUGCUGGACACCGACUGUUUCCAUCGCGAACACCGAAGCAUGACGAGGACACUGGGGCUCGCGUAGACCAGGGACUGAAACAUUCGAAGAAUGGCACUCAAUCGGACGACACCUACAACAUCCAUAUCCAAGCAAACAACCAGGGACCGGCUAGUCAUGGGAACUUGUUCACAGUGGAAGUUCGGCCAACCAUGAGUAAGACGGCUUUUAAAAGUUCGAUGGAAAAGGCAGCUCGAGACGCAGGAGUCAUUUGGGUGAUGGCCAGUUCGUGA